AACCACACGUCGCGGGGAGCUGACGUGUUGCAGCUCCAACUUUUAAAAAAAAAACAUUUCUAUAAACCCCAGUGUUGUGAACUGUGAUGUUACGAGUUUAAGUGAUUUCAGUGAAGUGCAAAGGAUGUCAAUUUGGAUGUGAUCGCAGAAGUUUUCUUUUUACCUGACCGCGUUGGUACCUACAGCUACACCUAGUCUAUACCGUUGCGACGCGCUUGGCUGAUUCAGUUAAUAACUUGUGGAUCUACAGUGUGGUAUUUAUAUCGUCGCUAUGAGACUCUCGGAUAAAUGUAGUCAAUCGUGAUAUCGUGUGUGAUAAAAAACUGAUAAUAAUACAAGUCGAAUGGGAAGUCUUAAAUCCAAAAUGGAGAGGAAAUUGACUCGCGAGGAUUUUAUGCGGAAGAGUUUCCGAGCGCCCAGAGUGUCGCCCGCUUCAGAUCCAUCGGCGACCGUGAAUGGAGCACCACCACCUUCCCCCGUUUCAUUAUCAAUGUUGGAAAGGACACCACUGACUCCUAGGGCCGAAUACGAGGUCACAGCAUCCGGCAUAGCUCCUAAAAAAUUGGAACUGAACAGAGCACAUCCAAUACAUUUAAAAUCAUUCCAAGCAGAACCUCCUGAUGAUAAUGGUCCGGCACCUCCAUCAGACGAUGUUUUACGUAAACUAGAAAGACAAAUAGGUGAAAUGGAACGAGGAUUAGAAAGAGCGCAAAACGGAACUGUCAAAGUUGACGAAAGGGUCCGUUACGCUGAACAUGAGAAUUUACUACGGACUGGGGUGUCAUCCGUAGGAGGUGGUGGUUAUUUACCAGCCGAUUCAGAUACAGAACACGAUGUAGUACCAUUCAAUAGAAAUGAAACUACCAGGAGUAGUACAGGAGCCGCUGCUCCGGCAACUAGACCGGCUACUAGAUUAUCUCGAACAAAUUCCGAUACACAACAGCACAAUUCAGUUGCUGCUACAGCAAGAUUAAUGAGGAAGUUAGCGGAUGGUGGUACCAAGGAUGAGAAAACUAAGGUGAUAUCUAGGAAAGCUAUCCAAGCGAGGAUGGAGAAGGUUAAGAACUCUGUGGUAGGGACGAAACAUGAACACAGGGUGUUGGCGGAGCAUAGAGCGGAGCCGACGUCACCGAAGAGUCCUACCUCGCCUGUUUCACAGCGCUCUUCAGUACAGAGCGCGUCGGAGAACUCGGCAGGCGCGGGCGGCGGCGCCUCGUCCGGCGGCAGCGCCCGGGUCUCCUCACGGUCCAGGGCCUCCGAGGAGCCGCAUAUUGGCAAGUACAAACUGCUGAAAACCAUCGGUAAAGGCAACUUCGCAAAGGUGAAGCUGGCAAAACAUGUCCCCACCGGCAAGGAGGUCGCGAUCAAGAUCAUCGACAAGACUCAGCUCAACCCCAGCUCCUUACAGAAACUCUUCCGAGAGGUGCGGAUAAUGAAAAUGCUGGACCAUCCCAACAUCGUGAAGCUGUUCCAAGUUAUCGAGACGGAGAAGACACUAUACCUAGUUAUGGAGUACGCGUCCGGUGGCGAGGUGUUUGACUACCUAGUGCUACACGGGCGCAUGAAAGAGAAAGAGGCGCGAGCCAAGUUCCGACAAAUAGUGUCAGCGGUGCAGUACUGUCAUCAGAAGAGGAUUAUACACAGGGAUCUCAAGGCAGAAAACCUCCUACUAGACGGCGAGAUGAAUAUAAAGAUUGCGGAUUUUGGUUUUUCAAACGAAUUCACUCCGGGCGCUAAACUAGACACCUUCUGUGGCUCGCCGCCUUACGCUGCGCCUGAGUUGUUUCAAGGCAAGAAAUACGACGGUCCCGAGGUAGACGUAUGGUCAUUGGGAGUUAUACUGUAUACCUUAGUAUCGGGGUCGCUGCCCUUCGACGGAUCUACGCUGCGGGAGUUGAGGGAACGGGUACUCAGAGGGAAAUACAGAAUACCUUUCUACAUGUCAACAGACUGCGAGAAUCUACUCAAAAAGUUCCUCGUUCUAAAUCCGGCAAAGCGGGCCUCACUCGAAAGCAUCAUGCGCGACAAAUGGAUGAACACGGGCUAUGAAGACGACGAGCUCAGACCGUACGUCGAACCGCAACAGGACUUCAAGGAUCAUAAGCGGAUAGCGCAAGUUGCUCAAGUCGAGGCGCUCGUGUGCCUGGGCUACAACCGACAAGAGAUCGAGUACUCGCUUGCUGAGGCGAAGUACGAUGACGUAUUCGCCACUUACCUGCUUUUAGGAAGGAAAAGUACUGAUCCCGAAUCGGAUGGCAGCCGGUCAGGAUCGUCUUUAUCGCUUCGAAACGCAGCCGCGCCCGGCCAGCCACAGCCGGCCAGCCAGGGAAACGCGCAUGCCGGCGGGUGCGCGUCGCCGUCGCACCGCGGCGUGCAGCGCAGCAUCUCGGCCAGCGCGCGCCCCGCCGCCUCGCGCCGCGCCUCCUCCGGCGCCGAGGUGCUGCGCGCGCAAGUUGGGACGACCAGCUCCGCCGCGAACAACACCACGUCUACCGCCACCACCACUACGUCCAAUUUUAAAAGACAGAACACAAUUGACUCAGCAUCUAUUAAAGAAAAUACCGCGCGAAUCGCUCUGAUGCAGGUGCAAAACACAACCCGGCCGACCAGCGCCCAGCCCAAGUUGGAGCCCCGACCGCGUAUACUGUCGAGCGGCGCGCGUCGCUCCGAGCACGCCGCGCACACCGCGCCGCACCAGCCGGCGCACCAAACGCACCAAACGCCCAAGAUGUCCCCCCCUCACGACACGCCCAGUCAAGCGGAGAGUAAGAACGGGGCCGAGAAUGGCAAGACCGGAACCGGCACGGCCGGGCCCGGCACGGGCACGGGCACGGCGGGUAAGACGCACGUCAAAAGCGCGUCCAUAAGCUCCGCCACGGGCGCUCCGCCCCUCGGAGCGGACCCCGCGCCGCACAAUGCCUCCGCGCGGGACCUCGCGCAGCCCCGACCGAGUUUGAACUCCACGUUGUCCACGGGUGGGACCGUGGGCUCGGGCGCGACGGGAAACUCCGCGAGCGCGCGGAGAGACUUCUCUAACAACAACCCGCUGGUUUUCCCGAGGAAUGUGCCUUCCAGAUCCACUUUCCACUCAGGCCAGACGCGGUCGCGCGGCGGCAGCGCGGGCGGCGCGUACGGCGACGGCGGCUCGCCGCACCAGGCGCGCCCCUCCUUCUUCUCCAAGCUCUCCUCGAGGUUCUCCAAGCGGUUGAAUCAAAAUCCCUGAGGCUGCGCGCGCGCCGGCUGAUCGAAGAUUUUUUUUAUAUUACGUUAAGAAUUUAUAUUUAGAGAAAUAUUGUGCAAAUUGUUAUGCUUAAUUUAUGAGUUAUGGAUGGUGGUCGUGUUAGUUGCAAUUUGUUUCUUCAGCGUAGGUAAUCAUUUUCAACGGCUUGAACAAAAGAGUUUCUAAAUUUGAUGCGCAUUUUUUAUGCAAAGAGAUAAAUAUAUUAAAAGAUUUGUGUUUAACACAGCAAGAAUAUUUUGAUAGUACUUAUAUUAAAAUAACCAAAUUCUGAACAAAAAAAAUUCUAAAUUAGAUGAAGGCCACUUUGAUACGUUUCGCAAAAAUUAAAAAUUGCUCUAUUUUGAAAAUAAAAAUGGCAUGAGACAAUUUAAAUUGAAAAAAAAUAGGUUGAAAAAAAUCUAAACACGUUUUGUUUUAAAAAGCGUUGUAAAAUCAAAUUGUGACUAAUAUUGCAGUUUGCGAGGUUAAUUUUUUUAUUACAGUAAAAUAAAAAUAUCUCUAAGGUAUCCGUUAACGUCCCAUUCGAGUUUGGUUUCAUAAUCGUAUUAUUAAUUUUACAUCGCGGCGACAUUUUCGGCUGCAUUUUGUAUUGUUAAAAUUAUACUAAUUUUUUUACAACAUACAAUUCAUUAGAUAUUAAUUCAUUGUAAUCUUAACUUCCACGGUUUGGAUAUAGGUUUUUUUUUAUAUGUUAUAGAUUUAAAAGCAGAAAAACAUACUUCAAAAUCUGAAGUAUUUUGCAGUUUAAUUUUUUGUCCAUAUACAAAUUUAAUUAAUUUAAUUGCAUAAAAAUGCUUGUAAAAAUAGAUUAUUAUUAAUAAUAAUAUCUUUCGUGCUCUUAUCAUUAUUAAACUUUUUUCAAAUAUGUUUACUAUGAAAAAUUAAUUAUUUUAAUAAUAUAAUGUGCACCGGAAACCUAGUCCCGUCGCGCGUCGCAUUUCACUUGUAGCUUAAGGCAUUUCGCUAGGCUUAGUGCGAGCUUACAUAACUCGACAACGUUUAUCGAUUUCGUCUUCCGAAACACUAAAAUCAAAGUAGAAUGGACUUUAUGUUUUACACCUUUAGCACAUUGACGCAAUCGCACUCGGUAACGAAACGAUAAAUGUCUUUGUGCCCUUGUUUAGGGCUCGUCGUUGUCCACCUACAGCCAGCUGAGUAAAACUUGAUAGUAUUUAAUAUAGGACUUUAAAGUAAUAAACUUUAGGUCUAUUUUAUUCUGGCAUUAUAGUGUUACUACACUCGAAAUAUAUACACGUAUUCGAGAUGUGCAAACUCGCGCUAAGGGAACUGUUCUUGUUUCGAACGAAUUUCGUACAUUCCAGGGAUUUUUUUUUAAGUUGACAAUGAACCUUUUCCUAUGAAACGACAUACUUUGCGUUCGCUACACUUUUAUAUAUUUGUAUACAUAGUAUAUUUGGGUUCAGAAAAUAGUCUUUUAAUACAUUUUUAGUUCUUGAUAUUUUUGGUCAAGUUUGGACUCUGUUUUUCUUUAUUGAAAAACGCGCGAAGUAUAUCUACAUUUUGUGAUGUCAAGUUACACAAAAUAAACGCAUGUGCAUGUUUGACGUCAUAAGUACCCCAUUUAGGUAUUAUUAUUUAUUAUGAAUAAAAUUAAUAACAUUUUAAAUUUUAUUUAAAAUCGGGACAUUAAAAUAAAUCAGAGGGCCAUAGACUUAAUAAAAAUGCUGAAAUUACCCUAAAAUAAAACUUGAGAGGUUCACUAUUUUUCAAAACGCUUUUUGAGUGGUAAUUUAUUUAUAUGAAAAAUUAAAAAAAAAUGGGUUUAACGAACGCAAAUUUACGUCGGAUUCAUUAGCACAAAGUUUUUUUUUGUAAUUUUAUUCAUUAUUUCUCGGACGACUCAGCCUAAAUAGUGAUUUUGACUGAAAAAAAUAAAAAUAGUUUUGUAUAUUUGUAAUAUUAUACACAAUAAGACAUUAUAUUUCUUAUUCUUACUGUUUUUCGAUUGAGGGCCAUGAUAGUGCGCAUGCCACUUAGAUGACAAAUUAAUCAGAGUACAAAAGUGGACUCUUAAAAAUAUGAUUGUUUAAAAUUUCAAUUUUAUACGCCACAUUCGAAAAAAAAUAAGUAACUUCAAAGUUAUAUUUUUUUUAAAUUUCUGCAUGUUUUUAAUUACACAUAACCGAAUGACAUGUUAUCGACAUAAAUUAUUAUAAUUUGUACGGUAGGUAGUAUUAAAAAAAUCAAUAACAAUUUUUUUUUUUAAUAAUGGCCCUCAAAUAUUAGUUAUAUAUAUCAUUGGUAUACAAAACCCAAGAUAUGCAGUGAUCCAUGAAAAAAUUGUAAACUCAAUGUACAUAAUUCAUAUUAUAAUACUUAGUUUUAAAUGAUCAUUUAUGUAUUAGAUAAUUAAAACGUAAAAAUGCACUUUGAAUUAUACUAUUUCUUGACCGAGAAAAUAGUCGAUAGCUAAUCGCUUCCUCGUCGGCGCGAUAACUGCCUUACGCUUAGUCGGAGGAGCGGGGAAUAUUAUUCCGGUUUAGCAUGGAUUCUUUUUAUACAAAAAUAGCGCCAAAAAUAGUUUUUUUUUCAUGAUAUACAGAAAAAACGUAGUAUUACCAUUCUAAGGACCUGCAUCUCUUUGGUUUGCUAUAUCAUCGAUUAGUAUAAUAUUAAAGCGCGAGUGAGAUAACAGUAUAUGUAAUAUUACUAUAUGACUAAAUAUUAUAUAGUACAUAGUUCGUGGCCCAUCCCCUAACAAUGGUACAAAUACUCAGUAGAUAUUAACCAUGUAGGAAAUGGAUUCUGAGGCAGCUUAAUGAACCAUAAGGUACAGUUUAUACAGAAGUGGCGAGGGAUGAAGUGGCGCUGACAUAUGUCUCGGACUUUUAUUUCGUAGUUUUGAUGACCUGCUUGACGCUGUGAUGAUCGCUGUUAUUCUAAAAUUGGGAAGUCCCGGGUUCGAUUCCGGCUGGGGCAAUUUGAAAAUUUAUAACUACCAAAAUGGCUCUGAUGUAGUCUCGUCUGGGAUACGUCUUACGGCCCUACCGGUAAAUCCAUGCUGUCAAAUGGUUAAGCCUUUAAGUACGAUACCAGAAGCCAGAGGUAUGGGUUUUGUAAAAACUGCCACACCCCUACCGCGUUAGUUCGCUUCCGUUUUAGAAUGCAGGAUCACUUACCACCAGAUGAGAAUCUAGUUACCGAUACACUGUCAAAAUUUUCAAGUUUUAAAGUAAACAUACGAUUCAAAAGUACUUGUAAAAGUCUAGUUUAAUAAAAAUAUGUAAAAAAUAUUUUGAAUUGAAUUGAGUUGAAACGUGGCGUGGAAUGCCUUUGAUUUUGUAUGAAAUUUUUGGAGGAGACUUGAGUCCGUGCCACGUCACGCCUGUAUAAAUUGUACCUUAAGUAAAAAUCAUUGGUCCUAAUUCUAUUUACACUUAACUGAAACUAAAAUAAACGAGACUAAAAGUCUGCCAUUCCUAUUCCUGUAGAGAAUAUUUUGAAAAGGAUGAAAUGGCUACCUUUUAUCCAGUCAAUUUAGUUCAGUUAAGUUUUCUAUACGUACAGUAAAUGGUUUGCUAAAACUUGAAAGUUGAACCGAUUUUCUAGUUGGGGCCUUUAAAAUCUUUGAAAAAGUAUCAUAAAUGUCGUCAGUAAACUAAAUAUAAUUGAAAUAUAAUUUAAUUAUACAGGUGGUUUAAAAAAUGAUAGAUAUAAUGAGUAUAAAUUGAAUUUAUAUAUGUAUUUAAAACUAAACAUUUAUGUACCUAUUUGUGUUUAAUUUAUAUACAGUUUAAUUUGUGAAAAUAUGACAUGAUAACUCCUUGAAGUAAUUACGUACUUAUUAGAUAAUAUUAUGUAGUAAUGGUCCAAAACAGACGAAAAAAUUUAUGAAAUUUCAUCAAGCUAUGAAAAUAAUGAAUAUUUGGUUUUAAAUAUAUCAGAUCAUUAAUUUUAAAAACACCUGUAUAAUAAUGCCCCGUUAUAUUAUUUGUCUGCGUAGGUAAUACCUGUCGGUUUCAACCAAUAUUCAAAAUUUUUUUUUCAUAAAAUGACAUUCAGAUUAAAAAUUUAAAAAAUAUUUACCUAUGACAGUGAAAAGCUGUAAGCAUCAUUAUGUGGUUGACAUCAAAUCAACUCGCACGAAACGUGUUUACUCAACGGCGCGGCGCGGUGAUACGAACUUUAAUAGAUUUCUUAUUUCUACUAUUUUAUUGAGAUUAGACUUUUUAAAUUGUGACUUGGUAAUACCUAUGUAGAACAAUUAAUAUAGAUAAAUAAAAAUAUUUUCUUAUUAAUGUGUACAGAGUGUUGUAAUAUUAAUAUUCUUAUAUUAAUAGUUAAUAUUUAAAAUAAAAUCCCCAUGUUUGCAUCGGGGGUUAGUAAAAAAAUUAUAGUUAAAUUGCACUUACGAUUUUUUCAUACAUUAAAUCGGUGAUUUAAAAAUCAGAGUUAAGGGUAUAUUAUUAUUUGUAUAAAGAUUAAAUUCCUGUAUUUCUAUCUUUAAAGUAAUUUUUUUUUUCAAUAUUUUUUAACGUAAAUCAUAUGAGAGUAAUGUUAGUUAGUGUCUGUGUGUACAUAUGUGUACGUUUGAAUUUAGAAUGGAAGAGUGUGUAGUAUAAUUUUGUUUAUACGAUUUUCUGUACACGAAAUUUAAGUAUACCUAGGUAUAUAUAUAUAUUUUUUUCAUUUUUACAACACGUCAUUUUUUCAUUGCUAAUCUAUAGGCAAGAAAAUCAAAUAAAACCUAUUUUUACAAAAUUAUUUUUUGGUCCUGGCUCCUGGGAAUGCUCUUUUAUUACUAAUCAAAAAAUUAAAUUUUAUUAUCAUUAGUAAUAAUGAAAAAUAUUUUUCGGACUGACAUACAAUGUUAGAUUUAAAAAAAAAGAUACCCAAUAGGUACAAUGUGUUGUUAGUUAGUUUGUAUUACCUGUAUUGUAAUUGAUUGAUAAAUGUAUCAUGUUUGCAGUAUUCAAUAUUUAAAUAAAAUUUGAUUGUGCAACAAAAUGUCAUAAAAACAUAAUUGGGUGCUCUACUUUAAAAAUGCUUUUUAUAACAUUAAAAAACUGGCCAAGUGCGAGUCGAACUCCGCACUGAGGGUUCCGUAAAAACUUGUUUGUAAAUAGUUUAUUCAUCACGGAAUCGCAAAAACUUAAAAAAAAAUUGUACUGGCGCUCCUAUAAAAGUUUUUUUUUUAUUUGGAUAUACGGAACCGUAAAAUUCUUAUCUUUUAGAUAAUUUCACGGGUGAAAGUGACUUAAAACAUUCAUACAUUCAUAGCAAAAUGAAAUGGUUUUUAAAAUUAUAUAUUUUGAAUUAAAUUAAAUUCUCGACAUUAAUCCAAUCUCAUGAUGACAUUAUGUAUUGUUAUAAGUAUAUUAACAGCGCAUUAUUAUCUUUCUGUUAGCAUUUUUUUUAUUUUAAGAGAUUAACCUUUAUUUGAGUAUAACAUGCUAUAGGAAAGAUGCAAUACAUUCUAUUUCUAACCUUCUUCAAAGGUUUUUAUAGUUACACCAUUUUGCUGCAUGUUUUAGAAAUUAAACCACACUGUAUCCUAAAUCCAAAAAUUCUGAAAUCUAAAAUUUAUUGACUUGCAUUUUAUUACUGUCAAAAAAAUGAAAUUAAUUUUCCUCUAUUAACAUUUCCAUAAGUAUUUCAUAUAUAUUUAUUUUUUGCACUUUUAAGCUUGUAUUGCAUACUAUUCAAAAUAUUUCACGUAUUAUUAUUUUUGUUCACUUUAGUUUUUUUAGAAAUACAAACAUACUGCGUCCAUCAAUUUCUUUUUAUCAAAAAUAUAUUUUACACCGUGAAAACAUGUAAGUAGUUUAAGUAAGAUUUUAAAAAGUGAGUAGGUGAUUGUAAAUUAGUUAUUGUAAAAGCUAAGGGCCUGUUUCAUGACCUCCAGAUAUAUUUUAUCUAACGAAUAAAUUUUGUAUUUAAAAAAUGACAGAUUUAGUAUUGGGAAUCUAUCAAAAUGUCUUUAUCCGUUACAUAAAAAUUAUCUGGCGGCGGUGAAACAGGCCCUUAAUGUCGCAAUCACUGUACGUUUACGUUAUAUAAACUAAUUUUACUAUGGAACUGAACCUUAUUUGAAAAAAACUUGUUGUUUGAACACUUAUUUGCGACAGAACAGUUUUUUGAAGAUUUAAAGGUCCCAUAAUAAAAAUUGUUUAAAUGACGAUGCAGUACAAGUACGAUACAUUCUGACCCUAUUUCCGAAUGACUGUUUAAUUAAGAUAAAUCCGUAUUUGUUUUGUUUCAAUGACGUAGUAUGUAAUUUUUUUGCGUUCAAUUUUUUUUCACUGUAUAAUUUUGACAUUAUUAUUUUAAGCAAAAAAGGAGUGAACAUUGGUGUAUUUAAGAUACAAUUGUAUAGCGAAGAGACAAAUGGUUAGUAUUGUAUGUGUUGCGCUUAUCCUAAAUAAUCAGGUUUUCAAUAAAUA